AUGGAACAACCAAGGGAAUCGACGAUGUACCAACAGCAGCCUGAGCUGACGCCCCUCGAGGCGGAGGUUCUUGAGGAGUACGAGAAACUGGCGGACAACAUGAAAAAGCUGGCAUCUACUCUAGAAGAUCUGAGCAGCUCCCCCAGCACUGAAAUCCUGGAUGGCCUUCGCGAACUAGAGCGCAAGACGAGCUUGGUCUUCACCCUUCUGAAGGCUAGCGUGUACAGCAUAGUACUGCAACAAGAGAUUGACUGGGGCGACCAAGCUGGCAACCAGGAGUAG